UAAAGUAAAUCGCUGUUGACCCAAAAAAACAAAAAAAGGAAAAACAAAAAUAAAUCUCUCGGGAGAGAUAGAAGUGAAAAAGGGGAUUUUUGCAUUUUGCCCUGAGCGGAAGACAGAGAGAGAGAGAGAAUGUAUUUGAGGAAGAACCGGAGCUAGAAAUCUGUGUAAUGGGGAGAGAACCUGUAGACAAAUACAUGGAUAAGACAAAUAGUUUGACAGCUAGCUCAACCGGAUCUUCUGAUGAUAAUAAAGUCCCAAGCCCGUCGACGACAAUGGAACCUGCGGAGGUGAAGGAAUGCACAGAGCAGAACCUGGUUGCAGAUGAUGAUGAUGUUCAUUCUAGGCAAGGAGGGAUGACUAGGACACCUGAUGAUGACCAUAAGAAGAAACUAAGCUCAUCUUCAGCUAAAACUCGUGCUACCACGAAAACGACUGUUCCAAAGCCGUUUUCUCUGUCGGCUGAAAAGCCUAGAAGAGCAGGAUUCGAUAAUCAUUCCUUAGGCAAUGGUGCUAGCCACAACUCUUCUUCAGCAUCGAGAGUUUCGCAGCUAAAUUCUCCUCUACCAGCUAGGAAGACAACAGAUCACAAGAAGCGCCAUCAUGAUGAUGAAGAUAGUUUUUCUGUUGCUUCCUCAUCUGCUACAUCCAUAAGAAGUUUUAAACCCAAGAUAACAGUUGGAGUUGCUCCAACAUUUACUAGCACAGCGAGGCUGGAGAGACGGAGAGAGUUUUACCAGAAAUUAGAGGAGAAACAGAAAGCACUUGAGACAGAGAAAAGAGAGAACGAGAAAAGGCUCAAGGAAGAGCAAGAAGCAGUCACUAAGCAACUCAGGAAGAACAUGGCUUACAAAGCUAAUCCUGUACCAAGUUUCUACCAAGAGGGUCCUCCACCGAAACAGCCAUUGAAAAAGUUUCCUUUGACUCGGCCCAAGUCACCAAACCUUAACCGCAGAAAGAGCUGCAGCGACACACUUAACUCAUCAUAUCAGGAGGUGAAGGGGAAGCAUUGUGCUCGACAUCGUCACAGUGUAGGCGUUUACAAGGAAGAACCCAAAGCAAACAAUAUCCCGAGGACACCAAAUAGCAGUAGCAAAGACCAUAUAAGAAAGUCCACAAAGGAAACACCAAAGUCUGAAGAAGUGCAUGGAAAGUUUGUGGGAAAGAGCAAAAGUAGCUAUGAUGGAGAGACAGAUGAGAAUGGGGCUGGGGUUGUGGAGUGAAGCGCCGCGUAGUUGUAGUUUCGUUUUGACUAACUUGAUGAAUGAGAAAACAAGAAAAAGACUGAGAAGCGACUGCAAGGAGAACAGGUUUUAGAGUGAAGGAACAAGUUUAAAGUUUCUCGUUAUUUGUGGCGUUGUCUAAUAUUAUCUAAGAUUUGAUUGUUCUAAAUUUGAUUGCUAAAUCAGCUGGUUCUAUUUUCGUUUGAUAUUUUCUUAUCUGUUUGACAGUUAAUGUGAAAUGUAUAUUAAGGUUGUUGUAUGGAUCCGAUAUAUCCCAACUUAAAUUAUUAUAACUAGAUUAAUGGUUGAGCUGAGAGACA